AUGGGUUACACACACUACUACGCCAUUAUUGGCUGGGAUACACCUGAAUGGCAAAAGGCCUGGGCCCAACUCAUCAAAGAUGUCCCCAACAUCAUCAAAGAAGCCCGGGUUCCUCUCAGCGGCCCAACCGAGGAUGACGACAAGAUCACACCGGUGGUCACGGACCUUGAGGAUGGCAUAUACCUGAACGGCAUUAGAGGAAAUGCGCAUGAACUAUUCAGGCUUUGCCAGCCGGGUACAUGGACUUUCUGCAAGACUGCUCAAAAACCGUACGAUGUGGUCGUUUCAUCCAUCCUUCUUAGGAUUUGGAUGCUGGCACCGAAAAAUCUCGAUCUUGGCUCUGAUGGAGGCUAUGAAGACUGGGCUGAUGCGCGUGACCUUUGUGCCACCUUGUGGCCCGGGGAGCCUACCGAUGGCCUGUGGGUGAAAAAUGACGAGGGAGAUGACAUCGAGGCCAAAGACGAAAGCGACUAG